AUAAGUGGGAGGAGCGCGUCCGCCCACAAAGCCACAUCUAUCUCCGUUUCUCCCCUUUUAAAAAAAUCACGAAAAUAACGGAAUACGCGAAAAAUACAAACAGUGGUGACGGGUUGAUUUCGGUGCACGACGGACGGCGACGAGGCGUCCCCGCGUCGUGCUGCGAGAGAAAGGUUGGCGCCAGGCAGGAGCAGCGGAGAGGGUGUUGUCCUGAUGCUUAAAUGGAAGUGGGUGGGCCUCUACGGUCACACACUGCCAACUUCUCUGUGGAGAUCAUUCUGACAAGCGCUCGUUUUCUCCUUUAUGGACUGCUUAUCCGGUGAAAGAGACCUACGACACAGGGCUGCGAGGGGGCCAGCGGGCCGGGGACGGUCGCUGGGUUGUCCGUUAUCUCCCUCAUUGUGGGCUGCUUGAUUGUGCCUGCGCUUGGCACCGCCCUUCCUGGCCGGUGGGUGGUUUCGUCAAACGGGCAGAUCCGACACGGCCCAGCGCCGAACAUAUAGGCCGUCCUCCGCCUCCGUACCCGGCCGGCCUUCUACCGUGAACUACACCCUCUCCCUCUCGGUAUAUUAAUGCGUUAUGAGUGACUCGAAGAAGGAAUCAUCUGGAACUGAAGGAGGGAAAGCAUCUAAAAAGGGGAAAAGUUCUGGAUCACAGGAUUCCUCACAGCCCUCUCCGUUGGCUCUGCUUGCUGCAACCUGCAGUAAGAUCGGAGGGCAGGGGGGAACUGAGGGGGCCCAGGCCCACACGGGGGCCCAACAGAUCCAGGUCCAGGCGGGUCAGAUCCAGCUGCAGGCAGGUCAGCUGCAGGGUCAGAUAGUGGUGGACACAGCUGGAGGCCAGGCUCUGGUGCCCCAGCAGCUGGAAUUGGUCCCUGCUCAGUUCACAGGAAACGGCUGGCAGAUCAUCACAACAGCGCCUACCAUGGCCAAGGAGACCACCAAUCAACCUGUAGCUGUAACCGUGGCAACCACCUUGGCCAAUGACAGCUCACCUGGAGGACGGAAGGUGAAGGAGGUGAAGCCAGUGGGUGGGACCAACAGUGUUGCAGCCAAUCAACAACAGCAGCAGUUCCAGAUUAUCCAGGUUCAGAACCUGCCCAAUGCCGGGGGCGGGGUCCAGUAUCAGGUCAUCCCUCACCUGCAGACUGCAGAUGGACAACAGAUCCAUAUCAGCCCAGCUCAAACAGCCUCCAUUGGGGGUCUACCAGAGCAGGUUCAGCUCAUCCAGACCCCCAGUCCAAGCCAGCCCCAGACCAUUCUCCAGCCAGCCAACCAGCAAGCCAUCCUGACGAGUACAGCCAAUCAGACGGUCCCACUGCAGAUCCGUCCUGCACAGUCUUUCCCAUUGCAGCUGCAGACUCUGCAGGGCUCCCAGACUCCUGUUAUGACCACUUUACCCAUAAACCUCGGCGGUAUGACGCUGGCUCUGCCUGUGAUAAAUAACGUCGGAGGGGGUGGGGCUGUACAGCUCAUCCAAUCAGCAGAUGGCACAUUCUCCGUUGCCAAUGGCAACCAGCUAGUGACAACAGCAGUGACUGGUACAGCUCCUGCCACAACAUCAGCUGGCUCCACAGUGGCUAUAGCCGAAGGUGACAGCGUGUCUGAUGGGACACAGGUGGUUUCUGCUUCAUCAGAGGCCACACCAGCUGACACCCAGGUUCAGAGCAGUGAGGCGGACUCUCAGAACCAGAACCAGCCGAACGGGGUGCAGAACCAGACAGAAACAACAGGAACAAUCCAGCAGGUGAUCGUAGGCCAGGUGGGGCACCAGUUGGUGCAGCAGAUCCAGCUGCAGCCUCAGACUCAGAGUCAGGCUCAGGCUCAGGGCCAGCAGCAACCUCAGCACAUUCAGACCCUCCAGCUGGCCCCAGGACAAACCCUGCAGCCCAUCCAAGCCUUCCAGAAUCCAGCCCAGGUCCUUAUUCGUACUCCGACCCUGUCCCCCUCUGGGCAGAUCACCUGGCAGACGCUGCAGCUGCCUGGUGGAGUCUCCCUGCAGGGUGGCCUGGGGACAGCUGUGCCACAGCAGCUGACUUUGGCCCCGGUGGCUGGUGGGACGACAGUAGGGAGCGGAGGGCUGGUCUCCCUCAGCGGAGCCCCACUGACGCUAAGUGCAGCCCAAAUCAACCCAGGGUCUGGGGUUCAGACGGUCAGCAUCGCAGGGCUGGGCACUGCCGGGGUUCAGGUGCAGGGAGUCCCCCUCACCAUAACUGGUCUACAGGGUCAACCACAGGGUCAGGAUGGGGUUAAAGUUCAGUCAUCUCCUGUAACGGUCACUGUCGGGAACGUGGCAUCAGGCUCAUCGAUGAGUCCAGACCAGCUGGGCUCCGUACAGAGUUCUUCGGACCAGGAAGGACCGCCAAGCAAGCGCCUGCGUCGUGUCGCCUGCUCAUGUCCAAACUGCAGGGACGGGGAGGGAAGAAACAGCGGUGACCCCUCAAAGAAGAAACAGCACAUCUGCCACAUGGAGGGUUGCGGAAAGGUUUACGGCAAGACAUCCCACCUGAGGGCUCACCUGCGCUGGCACACCGGUGAGAGACCGUUCGUCUGUAACUGGAUCUUCUGUGGCAAGAGGUUCACCAGGAGCGACGAGCUGCAGAGACAUAGGAGAACACAUACAGGAGAAAAGCGUUUCGAGUGUCCUGAAUGCUCGAAGCGCUUCAUGCGCAGCGACCACCUCUCCAAGCACAUCAAGACCCACCAGAACAAGAAGGGUGGGGCUGCCGUGGCAAUCAUCACCACUGAUGACAUGGAGGAAGACGCACCCGUAGGCCUGGGCGCCAUCCCUCAGAUUGUCACCGUGGCGACACUCUCACGUGACUCUGACCCUGCCACACCCACCACCUCUAAUCACAUGGAGGAAGAGGAGGAGGAAGAGGAGGAGUUUGAAUAGGCUGGAGGCUUCUGUCUCUGUUGAAGGCUGACUUCCUGUUUUUUUGGGAGUCUUUGCAUGGACCGUAAAGGUGACAACCUUUGUUUUUUAUUUUUAAUUUGACAUCAUUUAAAAAAUGUUCUUUGAUGAAAGGACUCAGAAGAGACGGGAUCAUGCAAUGAAGAGAAAGCGUAAAAUAUAAGCAUCUAAAAAGAACUAACACUUAUAAUAAGAACUAAACUUAGUCUAAUCUUGUGACAGAUUAGUUUGGCAUUUAUAAAAUAAAUCUAUGAGAAGUCCAUUCCUGAUGGAAGAGAGGAACAAAAGUGUGUCUAGAUUAGCACAAGACAGGGGGACCUGCUGAAUCAAACACCAUCAAACAUCAAGAGACAUUUUCCUAAUCGCAGAAUCUUUCUCUAUGCACAAAGUUGUGUUCCUGUUUCCUGUCAGACAGCGCUGAGGGUCAAUCAUCGAACAGGAGCCGUGGUAGAGCAGCGGCAGAGCAGAGGCAGUCUUGGGUCGGUGUAUCAGGCAUGUGUGUGUGCGUGUGUGAAUGAGUGAUUUGUAUUCCCAUGCUGUCAUGGAGAGGAUCUACCUAAUGUGAGGUUUAUUUAUGGUUCAGGUGAAGUCCUCGGAUCAGAUUCAGGUGUCGAACCUUCGGAGACCAGUCUGUGGAUAAACUGUUAUUGAAAAGGAGAGUGGAUGGUUCUAGAAAAACAGAAAAAGAAUAGUAAAAAAAGCACAUAUGAGAAGAUUUAUAAAUAAUGCAUUCCUAUUGAGGCACAGUGGCCAUGAAAAAAGGUUUCUAUAGAGGAAAAAAACAAUCUAGCUUUCUACAACUUUGUUUGUGUAGUGAAAGCAAUACUUUAAUGACAAUCUUAGUGAAACCAUGUUUACAUUGUCAGGGGAAGUUUUCUCUGUUAUAAAAUAAGCCAAGGCGAGGGAGAACAUCGAGAGCAGCGCUGUCGUUCAAACAAAAAAGCCAGUUACUUUGCAGGUACCACAGGGUGGCUUUAACAUCGCAGCUUCAGUCCAUCCUGUGUGGCUUCGUCUUUUUGUACUGAUCCUUUAACAUCCGAUGGUACCUGGUGGAUUCAGUGACAGCUUCGUCUGCACCUUCACUUUUGCUCUCUGUGCUCCUUCUCGACGUACGGCAUUUGCCUUAACACAAGCUGUCGUACGGAGGGAGUGUCAGGUGGACGGUGGGCGGCGCACAGAGAGGGAAACGUGACCAGAGGGUGGGAGUGGGGCGGGUAUUUAGCUCUGUGGAUAUUAUGAGAUGUGUUUGGUGGUGUUGCUCUGUGUUAGUUCAGUGCGUACAUUCUUUUUCAAUUUAAAUAAUUUUAUUUGACAAAGUUUAUCAUUUGUUUAAAAAAAUCCCCUCCCACAAUGUUAACACACAUGACCCCUGUGUGUUGGGCUAAUUUAUUAUUUAUCCUUAAUUUGUAUUUUUGCCUUUUGCUGGACUUGUAUUUGUGUGCGUUGAUUCUGAGGUUGUGUACAGCAUGUUUCAGUUUUUUGCCGUAGUGCUGCUUCUUUUCUUCUUUACUCUCUGUGCUCAGAUUUUCUUUUUCUACGUCUGACCAUUGCUGUUCGCUUCUUCUUCUUCUCUUGCGCCAUAACGUGUUUUUGAAGAAAUAAAAAAUAAAAGAAGAAGAAAGCAAAAAAAGGCUACUCUUGUUUAAAGUUGAAAAAGGUUGAUACCAAACAAAUUUAGAUGUUUUUGGUAAUAUUUUGUGUGACAACCAACUCUUUUGUUUUCUUUGAUAUUUUGUAGUGACAUCUCAUUUGUAAAUCUUUUUCUAAAAGAUGUUUGUUCGUCUCCAUGACAUUUGAUAAUGGGUUUUUUGCCGGGUUAGCCUCAAAGGCUCCAGUUUGUUGAUAUUUUUAAAACUGGUUUGUACAAACGUCUUAUGUCAAUUUAAAAAAGGAAAAAAGAUUAAAUCGAGCAGAAAACGUUUGCCUGCGUAAC